CGGGGCUUGUGUUCAUUGUGGCCCAGGCGCAUCUGCAUGGCGGCUGCUGUUGACAUCAAACCAGCGGAACAUUUUCAUCGCAGGAGUUUCACAGCUUUUCUUUCCAUGUUUGUGCAUCUGGUUUAUCAUGUCUGGAUGGAGUAAAUAGCCUCGUAUAAUCUCUCCUACGAUUAUAGCUCCUAAAUCCUGUGAGAGUGUGGAUCUGUGUCUGAAUGAUGGAGCAGGAGCUGGACUCGGUCAGAUCUGAGGUCUCUGAAGGAGCGGUGGAUGAAGAAAACGCAGGUACCAGCACUCGGAGGAAGAGGAGGAAGCGGGAACAGCGUCCUGAAUCCAUCAUCGUGUACCGCUGUGAUCCAGAGAGAUCCGCAGGUGAAGGAGACGCUGAUGGAGCAGAGAGAAGCUCUGAGGAGGGAGCCACGUUUCUGAGUAACACCACUACUGAAGGUUGGUCUGUGCCUCCAGACAGCCGCUAUGUGACGCUCACAGGAACCAUCACACGUGGGAAAAAGAAAGGUCAGAUGGUGGACAUCCACGUCACGCUCACAGAGAAAGAGCUGCGCGAGAUGGCAAGAUCCAAAGAGCGUCUGGAUGCUGAAUGUGAUGCUGGUGAGGGUUCCAGUCGCUCCUGUGGAUUCGGCCUUUCUCAGGGGCCGCACAUCGUCCUGUGGAGCCUUUCCUGCGCUCCGGUCGUCUUCGUCCUGUCCUUCAUUACCUCAUUUUACUACGGUACUCUCACCUGGUAUAACAUAUUCCUGGUGUACAAUGAAGAGCGGACGUUCUGCCAUAAAAUCACAGUGUGUCCUUUCCUGAUCAUCUUCUAUCCGGUGCUGAUCGUGGCGCUGUCGGCGUCGCUAGGCUUAUAUUCAGCUGUGGUUCAGGUUUCCUGGGCCUUCAGUGAAUGGUGGAUGUCGGUCAGGGAUUUGGAGAAGGGUUUUUGUGGAUGGAUUUGUGGGAAGCUCGGGUUGGAGGACUGUUCGCCGUAUAGUGUCGUCGAGCUGCUGGAGUCGGACACUAUUUCCGGGAGUUUGCAGGGAAAGUCGCUGCAAACAUCUUCAGUGUGAAUACAAACCUUGUGAUGUUUAAAGGGAUAGUUCACCCUGAAGUAUGGUGGCCGAGAGAGCUUUACACGCUGCAGUUUACUCAAACAAAUUAAGAAUACACGCUGCAUUUUCUCACAACACAUGCAAAUAGCAAGUAACACAAGGCAGUGUUUCCUCUAGAAUUUUUUCCAGCUGUGGCGGCAGACUCUGUUGGCCAUUUUACACAGAUUUAGCACUACAUGUCAUGUCAUUAUUUCAUUGACAAAUGUCAUGGGCGCAGUAUUAAGCCGAGAUCGCAUUCAUGUAAUAGCCUACGAGCAUGUCAAUCUCUGCUUGAGCGCCGAUUUCCUCUGUUCGCACGCAAAACUUUUUGCGCGCCCGCAAAUAUACGCUACUCAAAUGCAGAUUUUCUUGCGCGCCCUCAAAUAUAUGCUACUCAAAUGCAGAUUUUCUUUCACGUCCUCAAAUAUAUGCUUCUCAAAUGCAGAUUUUCUUGCGCGCCCUCAAAUAUACGCUACUCAAAUGCAGAUUUUCUUGCGCGCCCUCAAAUAAACGCUACUCAAAUGCAGAUUUUCUUGCGCGCCCU